AUGUCAUCCAAGUCAAUCUCAACUAAAGUAGCAAUUGUAGGCGCCGGAGUCUCAGGUCUCAAAGCAGCCCAAACCCUUCUUCACACUCGCAAUUCCCCCUUCGGCCCCGGCGAUAUCACCAUAAUCGAAGCCCAAGACCAUGUUGGAGGUCGUAUCAAAACCGACAGGUUGAGCUCUAAAUUAGGCACAAAUUAUGAUCUCGGAGCUGCUUGGUUUCAUGAUUGUUUGAAUAAUAGUGUUUUAGAUUAUGUUCGUCUGUUGAGUGAUUUUGAUAUUGGGAGGGAUACAUAUUUUGAUGAUCGGGAUAUUUCGACCUAUGAUUCUACUGGGAAGAUAGAUGUUAGUGGAUUGAAAUUGAAUCGUGUCGUCGAGGAUAUUGAAAAGUUUAUUGAAUUGUAUUAUCAUGAUGAAUUGGAUAAGAAAGAUAUGUCAUUAGAAGAAAUUGUGGAUGAAUAUUUCAAAAAAUUUGAUGAUUUUUUAACUGAUGAACAAAAGAAGUAUUGUGGUAGAAUAGUGAGGUAUUAUGAAUUAUGGUAUGGGAUAAGUUGGGAUAUCAUAAGUGGUAAAUACUCAAUCAUGGAUCACCAAGGUCGUAAUCUUUUGAAUAAAAGAGGAUAUCUGUAUGUAAUCGAAAAAUUACAUUCCGAAAUAACUCCUGCUUGUUCAAUUCUAUUAAAUCAACCAAUUCGUAAGAUAAUUCGAAACAACAAGCAAGGAGAUAAACGUCUUUGUCUAGAAACUACCAAUGGCCUCUCCAUCUACUCCGACUAUGCAAUCAUAACCGUCCCUCAAAGUAUCCUACAACUCUCCGACCCAACCCAUCCAAAUUCAAUCAUCUGGCAACCCCAACUCCCAACCCCGAUCCAAACCUCCCUCAAAACAAUCCAUUUUGGAGCUCUUGGAAAAGUCAUCUUCGAAUUCGAUGAAAUAUGGUGGAACCCAACCCAAGACCGUUUCGAAAUCCUCGCAGAUCCCAUUCCCAAAUCCACUACUACCACCAAUAAUCUUUCACAACGAUUAACAGAAUGUCCAAAACCAUUCACAUAUCCAGCAUAUAUAAUAAAUUACGCCUCCGUGAAGCAAACUCCAGCAUUGGUCAUACUCACCCAAGCCCCACUCACACAAUAUCUUGAAUCCAACCCUGAUGAAGCAUGGACCUACUACGGUGCCAUGCUAUCACAACUCGCAACCGGUGGAAAUAAGAUAACGGAGCCCAUUAAUACGAUUGUGACGGAUUGGACCAAGAAUCCGUAUAUUAGAGGCUCGUAUGCUGCUUUGCAUACUCAUGACCAGCCUAGUGAUUUGAUUAUUCAAUUGUGUGGUGAAUAUGAUGGAUGUGGGAUGGCGAGUGUUGGAGAGGAGUGGGUGAGGUUUGCGGGGGAACAUACGGUGAUGGAAGGCGCUGGGUGUGUGCAUGGGGCUUGGAAUAGUGGGAAGAGGGAGGGGGAGUGGAUAUUGAAGGAUGUGGAGAAUAAGGAGAAGUAG